UAGAAUUACUUUGCCUGCAAAGAAAAAAAACACACAAUUUGUUGAGUUUCAACGGUGGCUUUGUCUGGCCAGCGCUAAACAAAUGAGUGCUGGAUCAAUGUUAUUACUCCACCGAUGGAAAACAACAUAAGGAAGGCAUCAUCAUCAUCAUCAAGAUAAUCAAAUAGAGGGGGCGGGGGUCAGCAUCAUGACCUCCACUUCUGGCUUCGUGCUCUGCAGAGACCUCGUUGGCUGACAGGAGUAUACGUCAGCACCUCUCGCUGCUCCAGUAUAACCCCCUCAAGCCUCUGGCGGUCACACAGACGCAAGUGUAAAAGUAGCAGUUCCAACUGUUGCCCGGAUUCAGCAUCCACGUCCCACACAGUCUCACACAGAGGAUUGAGACGGUUCACCGAGCACCACGCGCAAAGGGAGAGGAGAGGUGGAACAUUUACGCACAGUCUUUUUAGUCUGGAUUGCUUUGGCUCGUCUUUAAGUUCACCUUGGAUGGUUUUGGACAUUUUUUUCUGCACUGUUUGCCUCUUGGAUUUUGUAUCAGUUUCAGCACUUAAAUGGCAGCUUUAAGUAUGAUUUCGUCGCACCUGUUCCUAUUGAUGUUAAACUGUUUCCUGGGUGCUGCGUCAAGUAGGACCAUGAAAGGGGUCUCUGAGAGCGCACAGGACAGUAGCUCUCUCCAGUCUCUGUCGGACCCCUCCUCAGAUGGCCGGGAUCAGGAUAUGGUUUCCCAGCAUAUGUCCAAGCUGUAUGAGAAAUACAACAGGGAAAACCGCCUACGAGAGGGAAACACUGUCAGGAGUUUCAGAGCUACCAAAGACUCCUCUGACGACAGGACAGUGUACCGACUAAACCUUACAACCCUGCAGGACUCAGAGGUCAUCCUUUCUGCCACAUUCCACUUCCUGCUUGAUCGGCACCCUCAUCAAAAACCCUGGUUCUGUAAACGCUUCAAAAGCCCAGCCUGUCCUUCCUCAGCCAUCCAACCUUCUCCGUCCAUCAGCCUGCUUCUUCGCUCUGUCUCCUCGGGGUCAGAGGUCAGAUCUGGGUCAAUGGGGUCAUUUCUAGGCAAUGUGACCUUCCACCCCCACAGGAGAGGGGUGUGGCAGAUGAAAGAUAUGACCCAGGUCAUAAAGGAGGCACAGAACAAGGGUCAUCUCCUGAUGUCAGUGGAGUUGGAUUUAAGGCAGUACCAGAGGAAACCAGAGGAGGUGCUGUCUGCUGGCAGCUUGCCCUACCUGUUACUGUAUGCUGAUGACCAGGCUUUGGCAGAGCCCAACAGUGUGGCUGCAAGCCUACAGAGAUAUGACCCUUUCAGUGAAGGAGGAGAUCCCACACAUUCCUCCCAGUCCUCUCAACUCCUGCACAGACCCAUCUCCUCACCAGAGUCAAAAGGACGCGUGAGAAGGGAAGCAACUCUGCUCUCUGACCCCAUUCAGAACAAUGAGCUGCCUGAGGUUGAGUACAGGCCUGAUGGAUACAGGAAGGAUGACCUGUGGGAGAGCACUUGGUACCUGGCACUCAAACCCAAGCCUAAAUCGGGAAAGAAGGAAAAGAAAAGAAAAAGCCAUGAGGAAGCCGGAGUGCAGAAAAGUGGAGGAGCUGACAAUAAAGAAGAACCUCAGGUUCUCAAAGAGGGAGAAGGAACAUCACAAGGACUCAAACCUGAUGACCCAGCUGACAAAAAGGUCAAAGACAGUCGCAUGCUGAGUAUCGGUGAUGGACGAAAGCAUGAGCGGAGGCAUGAGGGAAAGCAUGGAAAAAAGCACAAAGGGAGCACAAACUUUCAGUCACCUAUUCUGAGUUUUGAUGAACAAACCAUGAGAAAGGCCAGGAGGAGGCAGUGGGGGGACAACCAGCACAGAGGCUGCUCCAGGAGGAACCUCAGAGUGGAUUUUGCAGACAUUGGCUGGAGCGAGUGGGUCAUAGCGCCCAAGGCCUUUGAUGCCUACUACUGCGCUGGGACAUGUGGAUUUCCCAUGCCAAAGGUGGCGAGGCCAACUAACCACGCCACCAUUCAGAGUAUAGUCCGAGCCGUAGGAAUCAUCCCUGGCGUUCCUGAGCCUUGCUGUGUCCCAGAAAAAAUGAGUCCCUUGGCAGUGCUCUACCAGGAUGAAUCCAGAAACCCAGUGCUCAAGAUUUACCCCAAUAUGUCCGUCCAGUCCUGCUCCUGCAGAUAGGGAGGGGGGGGCAAGGGGGCAGAGGACAAAACAGGGUGGCUGCGGAGAGAAACAGAAAACAGGACUAAUGGAGACAGAACCACAUCUCUGUUUGUUAAGUGGUUUCUUAAUACUGAGAAACAAAGUCACUUUGGCCGUCCGUCAUUAUUCCUCGAGGAACAUAGGCUGUAGAGAAAUCACUUCCAUCUCUUCUGUCCUGCGGCAGCAGACUUGAAGAGACACACUGUCUGAUGUCUGCCUUAGUGAGAGGAACAGAGUCACACAUGUAAAGUCAGGGCUCCACAUGUCCAAGAAGGCCUGUUGUUUUGAUUCUGUGUUUGAGAUCAUAUUGAGGAUGUCAUGGUCAUGUCAGGAGCAAUUAAGGGAUGUUUUCCUUUUAUCUAAAAACUUGCUUGUUUUUCAAACAGCUCACAAUGAGUUUAUGUUCAUGUUUUCUUUGGACACAAAGGCUAUAAAGAAAAGACUUUAUCAGUGUGUCAUCAGGCAGCUUACACAGUCACAUACAGAUUAAAGAGAUUACGAAACAUAUUUCUCCUUUUUUACAUGCUGUGUACAGCUGUUCUUACUUUUAAGCUAAUCAUACGCCACAUUGUACAUUCAUGCAACAUUAAUUUGUUUGCAAGACAGGAAGGUUAUUGUACGUUCUUGCUCUGUAUAUCUUAAAAAGGAAAUAUCCAAUGGAUUGUAGAGAGCAUCUGGAAUUCAUUUACACCCACCAACCCCCCUCAAAACACUUCAAGAAUGUUAUAUUAAAACCAGAAAUAUUUUUCUAUUUUGAAUGUGUGUUAAAAAAUAAUUUGUCAUGGCUACUAGGUUAUGCAUUACAGUAUUUUAGACAAGAUGGUGUUUUGUACAUGUGUAUUGUUUAAAUUAUGAAAAGGUAGCCUUCUAUAUGUUAGAAUAAAAAGUAAUUUAAUCCAGUGCUCCUCCUGGAAUAUUAUUGUUUCAUACACUUGUGUUAUUCUUGGUCUUUACUGCGUACAAUGUUUGAUUCCUAGGGCGAGAUCUUUUUUUGUCAAAUAAACCUAAAAGGGCACCUCUGUUCCAAAAUAACUUAGCACAAAAGCAGGAAGGUUCCACUCAGAGAUAGUCAACAUUCCCCUAAAGCCCCUUGAACCCAUUAUUACCCCACACCAAAGGCUUAGACGUCUGCUGUCCAGCAAGUAAUAUGACCGAUGCAGUUGCCGUGGGUUAAUGGUUGAUGAAGGAAGCAGGCACGCACCUAUUAGAACGUCAGCCACUUGAACUUCAAAACACGGUGCACUUCCCCUUUUCUGCACUGCCCAACCCCUCCGCCCCUGUUCAGGAUGUUCUCCUCAAUAGCCUUUUUUCUUAAACGGAUGGUUACAGACAGAAGAUCUCAACCACUUUAAUUCAACCUCUUGUCAUUUGCAUUCACAGGAGGAAGAAGGUGACCCAUGUGGUGCAUAAACAGUAUGUCAAACUGACAGUGAAAUGACAGAGGGAACCUUUUGAUUAUCAACCCAUUACUCUGUGGUUGUUUUUGCUUUGAGUCUGAAAAAGUUGGCACAGACUACCACAUCUGUUUGCAACCACAGAAUGCUCUGAAGUUUGUCAAGACUGGACAGUAAUUUUGUCUCAAAGACAUUUAGAAACAGCUUGAGGGGAAGGAACAAAAGAUUGGGCCCUUAUACUGUUUUACGACAGUUGAGAUAAAUGCUGUAAGUCUUGUGACUUGCAAUGGAGAGCUAAAAAAGAACUGUUAGUCACCUGUAUUAAAGAAAAGUUUUCACGCUCUUUGGAAGUCACCAUUUUUUAUUGUCUUACAGCAAUGACUCAAAGGGGACUCUCUUCAAAUAUGACUCAAAAUUUGAUUCACGGACGUCUAAAACCAACUGUGACAGUGUGAAUUGUUUUUGUAUUUUGCAUGUUAUAUUUCUGAUCAGUUUAGAUCAAUUUGUAGAGAUCUAUUUUGACAUUUUCUGUUGAUCAGUGCCAAAAAAAAGCCACAUUACAUUGCUUUUAA